AGUGUUAGGCAGAAGUAAGGGAUGUUACUCAGGGGCGAGGGUUGAUGCAUUAGGGGGAAGAGCAGGGAUGAGGAAAGAUGGCAACACAGGGAGAUCCACCUGCUCUUUUUUGAGGAUUUCUAUUCUUUGGGGAAAGAGGAAAAGACCCCCCGGCAUUCAUCUCCCUGGUCAGACAAGGUUUUCAGACCAGAAACACAUCUCUCUGUUUCCUCUCAUCUGCCAGCGCUGCUAACAUCACCAAUAAAUGCCCUAAUUGGGAUCAGGGUCUUAAGUCUAUAAAGAGUCACAACAAGCCAAGGCUUUUCCAGCCUCAUUGUCCAUCCCCCUCCUGCUGCUGGAAGUCCCUAAGCACACAGUCAAGUUAAGACCUGUUAGCACCCCCUCUUGGUCUCAUCAGCAGGACAAGAUCUGGUUAUCACUAUGUGGUAUCUCCUUUUUAUCCAUCUUCUUACAGCAUCUGUUGUACAGCCAUCCCAUAUUAAUAAUACCACAGUGCCUUUCCUCAUCUUCCUGAGAUCCAGCUCCCAGUCCUGUGUGGGGACCCUCAUUCACCCACAGUGGGUGUUGACUGCUGCUCACUGCUUCUUACCGACCCAGAACUCCUAGAGGAUGCCAUUGUAUGGAGGGGGCAGGACACUGAGGUGGAUGGUCAGGAAGACUCUAAAUAUAAGAUACCUGCAAGUGAUCAUAAGAAAGGAUAUCCAGUCCAGCCAAGAGGAACCUGAGAAGGUGGUACCUUAUGAGAAAGUUAUCCCUCACAAAAAAUUCACAGUCAUCUCAUCUGAACAUGACAUUGUACUGAUCAAACUGGCCCAGCCCAUCACGCUCCCCAGCUCCUACACGACCGUGGAUCUGCCCCUUGAGAAUCACAAGGCAGAUAGCCUCUGCACCACCUCCAGUUGGAGCUGGAACAUAAGCAAGCCCCAUGACAUCAUUCUCCAGAAUGUGAAACAUCCCCCUAUUCCUCUUGGGCAGUGUCUCUAUAUCUUCCCUGGGAAGGCCAUGAAGAAUGUGUUCUGCAUGGGAUUGCAGGAAAUCCAUCAGCCCCCCUGCCAAGAGGUCUCCGCAGCUGCAGCCAUCUGUGGAAGGAAGCUCAUUGGGAUCCUAUCUUGGGUUCGUGGGUGUGUCCUGAAUGGUGAUGUGGGCGUCUAUACCAACAUUUACUACUAUGUCCCCUGGAUCCAAGAUGUUAUCUAUGAAAAUUGAAGCCCACUGCCUCUGACCUCUGACCACCGCUCACCGACUGGCUCCCUCACCUCGUGACACACUAGACUUCUUGCUAACCCUGUCUUGGACCUCAGAAUGGGAACCCAAUAGAGAGACCUCUGGCUACAUCUAUAUAUGUAACUCAACUUCGCUUGGCUCUAUUAUUCACUCUGUACAUUCCCCUGAACAAGAGACUCAUACCACAGGCCAAUGGCUUUGGUAGAUGCCCUGUCACCUCUACCCUAGGGCA